UUUUUUUUUUAAGCCUCCCCUUCCCUUUUUAUUUUUAUGGGGGUGGGUGGUGCUUGUUAUAUGCUUACCUUUUUCUUUUCCUUUCUCAUUUUUGCAAUUUUUCUUUUUUCUCCUCACCCCUCAAUUCCUGGGGCUUGAGUGACUUUAAGACUGGGUUUUCUUGGAAAUCACCUGUCCAUCAUUAAUUUUAAACAAUUUCCCCACCUCCAAAAUAUCUGUUCCUUAUUACAGUUUGGAAUGUGGUUAAUGAAAAACAAGUAGGGAGGAUUUCUGGGGCAAACACUGCUGGAUCAGGAUCGUAGUUCUCAAGCACGGAAUGGCUAGCGUGAGAAACACCAACAGCAGGACCAUCUCAGAUCUUCGUUAUGGCAACUCAUGCAAGAAGCUGUUGAAUUAGACCCAUUUCCUAUAGAUGAGAAAUCACAUAAGCAGUGGUAUUUAUGAGCCUCCAUUUAUUGUGCUACUGCAGUGAACCAACCUUGGAUGUGAAAAUUGCCUUUUGUCAGGGAUUCGAUAAACAAGUGGAUGUGUCAUAUAUUGCCAAACAUUACAACAUGAGCAAAAGCAAAGUUGACAACCAAUUCUACAGUGUGGAAGUGGGAGACUCAACCUUCACAGUUCUCAAGCGCUACCAGAAUCUAAAGCCUAUCGGCUCUGGGGCUCAGGGAAUAGUUUGUGCUGCGUACGAUGCUGUUCUUGACAGAAAUGUGGCCAUUAAGAAGCUCAGCAGACCCUUUCAGAACCAAACGCAUGCCAAGAGAGCCUACCGGGAGCUGGUCCUCAUGAAGUGUGUGAACCAUAAAAACAUUAUUAGUUUAUUAAAUGUCUUCACACCCCAGAAAACACUGGAGGAGUUCCAAGAUGUUUACUUAGUAAUGGAACUGAUGGAUGCCAACUUGUGUCAGGUGAUUCAGAUGGAAUUAGACCAUGAGCGAAUGUCUUACCUGCUAUACCAAAUGUUGUGUGGCAUCAAGCACCUUCACUCUGCUGGAAUUAUUCACAGGGAUUUAAAACCAAGUAACAUUGUAGUGAAGUCUGAUUGUACAUUGAAAAUCCUCGACUUUGGACUGGCCAGGACGGCAGGCACAAGCUUCAUGAUGACUCCUUAUGUGGUGACCCGUUAUUACAGAGCCCCCGAGGUCAUCCUGGGAAUGGGCUACAAGGAGAACGUGGAUAUAUGGUCUGUGGGAUGCAUUAUGGGAGAAAUGGUUCGCCACAAAAUCCUCUUUCCAGGAAGGGACUAUAUUGAUCAGUGGAACAAGGUAAUUGAACAACUAGGAACACCAUGUCCGGAAUUCAUGAAGAAAUUGCAACCCACAGUAAGAAACUAUGUGGAGAAUCGGCCCAAGUAUGCAGGACUCACCUUCCCCAAGCUGUUUCCAGAUUCCCUCUUCCCAGUGGACUCCGAGCACAAUAAACUCAAAGCUAGUCAAGCCAGGGACUUGUUGUCAAAGAUGCUAGUGAUUGACCCAGCAAAAAGGAUAUCUGUGGACGACGCCUUACAGCAUCCAUACAUCAAUGUCUGGUACGACCCUGCCGAAGUGGAGGCGCCUCCACCUCAGAUAUAUGACAAACAGUUGGAUGAAAGAGAACACACCAUUGAAGAAUGGAAAGAACUUAUCUACAAGGAAGUAAUGAAUUCAGAAGAAAAGACUAAAAAUGGCGUUGUAAAAGGACAACCUUCUCCUUCAGGUGCAGCAGUGAACAGCAGUGAGAGUCUCCCUCCGUCCUCAUCCGUCAAUGACAUCUCCUCCAUGUCCACCGACCAGACCCUGGCAUCCGACACUGACAGCAGCCUGGAAGCCUCGGCAGGACCCCUGGGUUGUUGCAGGUGACUAGCCGCCUGCCUGCGAAACCCAGCGUUCUUCAGGAGAUGAUGUGAUGGAAUACACACACACGCAGACACUCACGUACACACACAAACGCAGACACGCAAUGACAAGAAAAACAGCAAGGGAGAGAAUCCAAGCCUAAAGAAACAAAUCUUUCAGCCUGCUUCUUCUCCAGAGUUCUGUAUUGCAGCUCAGCCAAAUGUAUAUUUAACCUCUAGUUGCUCUUGCUUUGGUCUUCUUCCAAUGAUGCUUACUACAGAAAGCAAAUCAGACACAAUUAGAGAAGCCUUUUCCAUAAAGUGUAAUUUUAAUGGCUGCAAAACCAGCAACCUGUAACUGCCCUUUCAAAUGGCAUGACAAGGUGUGCAGUGGCCCCAUCCAGCAUGUGUGUGUCUCUAUCUUGCAUCUACCGGCUCUUUUUGGCCUAGUCAGAUGGAUGUAGAUACAGAUCCGCAUGUGUCUGUAUUCAUAGAGCACUACUUACUUAGAGAUGCAACUGUCAGUGUCCUCAGGGCUCUACCAAGACAUCAUGCACUGGGGUACCACAUGGUCCAUUUCAUGUGAUCAAUUACUCUGACAUAAACCCAUCUGUAAUAUAUUGCCCAUAUAUAAGCUGUUUAGUUUGUUAAUUGAUUAAGCUGUAUGUCUUAUAAGAAAACAUGUAAAGGGGAAAAUAUGGGGGGAGUGAGCUCUCUCGGACCCUUGAAGAUGUAGCUUCCAAAUUUGAACUGAUUAAAUGGCGCCUGU